AUGGGCGAGCAAGCAGAGGCUGAGUUUGCCGAACGCCUGCGCGAGAACAACGCAAAGGCUGCAGCAAAGGCUGCAAAGGAGGCUAAGAGAAAUGCAACAGAUGAGGCAACUCGUCGUCGCCGAACGCAGCUUGCAAUUGACAGGAAUAUCCGAUUUAGGACCAUCCCAAAGCGGAAGGCAGACGUUGAAGAUCUUGCCUAUCUCCUCCACCUCCCUCUCGACGGCACUGUGGCAACGCUGACUGCGGCUAUCAAGUCUCAUCUUCAAGAAACACCUCUAUUGAAGACAGAUUCACGAUUUGCUGGCCUUUACGGCCUUCCGGUUCCGCCUAUAUCGCUGCCAGAUCUCAACCUAGCAGCGACACCGACCCGCUCCGAUGCUGCCCCGGUUCCAGCUACCACCGAGGAUGAUAACGGGGUAGGAGACUGCGCUGAAAGCGAUAGUACGGAAAAUACAGACGGGGAGGAGGAUGGCACGGAGGAUGAUGCCGAGGACGGCUGGGGCAUGGACGUCGUCGAUGCCGUAGUACCCAACGGCAGAAAUGCGACUGACGAGGCAGCUCAUUGUCGCCGAACGCAGCUUGCGCUCGACAUGAACGUUCGAUUUCGGACCAUCCCAAAGCGGAAGGCAGACGUUGAAGAUCUUGCCUACCUCCUCCACCUCCCUCUCAAAGGUACUAUUGCCACACUGACUGCGACUAUCAAGGCUCAUCUUCAAGAAACACCUCUAUUGAAGACGGAUCCACGAUUUGCUGGCCUUUACCACCUUCCGGUUCCGGCUAUAUCACUGCCAGAUUUCGACCUAGCAGCGACACCAACCCGCUUCGAUGCUGCUCCGGUUCUGGCUACCACCGAGGACGAUAACGGGGUAGGAGGCUGCACUGAAAGUGAUAGUACGGAAAAUACAGAUAGAGAGGAGGAUAGCGCAGAGGAGGAUGAUGAGGAUGGCUGGGGAAUGGAUGUCGACGACGCCAUAGCUCCCAAUGACAAUAUAUCGAAAUCCUCGCAACUGUGUUCGCCUGCGCCCACCAACGUCACCCGGCUGGCUCCUCUCUCGCUCCCUCUUCACCCUGCCAACAUCAAUCGCCCUCCGACAGCGAUAUCAUCCCCGCAUGCCCUCACUUCCGCGGGGUUCCAAUCUCUCGCGUCACAGUUCGCUGGCACAACAUUCGCCAAGCCUAAGCACCAGGUUCAACCCACGUACGGAGGCCGUUUCCCGCCAGGUCUCCAGUGA